UCAGAGAUGCUAUGUCAGUAGUGUGUCACGUGGCCACAAGCUCUCUGUCUCGCGCCACCGUCUGAGCCUCCUCCCUCAUCUUCUCAACAAGCAACGGCAGCACACUAGAUCAAUUCGGAUCAGCAAUCAUGCGGCCGCGCGGAGAAUACGCCCAUCCUCGCGCCUCCCUCCCUGAACGAGGUCCUUAAAUGACCCACGACGACUAAGGAGCUCGUGCUUUCCCUGUCCGGAUCAUGGCAUGCGCCCCAUCCCGGACUUCCACACGCGCGGCGCCGAGGCUCGAGAGCAGUGAACAUGGGGAUCAGGUCCAGAAAUGCCACUAACAGUGCUGAGGACUCGCGCGAGCGGAAGAGCGCGCUGGCCGGAGACCUGGAACAGUGUGCGGGGCAGGAACGGGACGGCGCGCUGCUUCUCGUCGGUUCGGGCAGGGAACCGGACUUCAAACGGGGCUCGCAGAACAUCGGUCUGCUCGCCAAGACGCCCCUGGGCUACACGCGUCCCGUGAAGAGGAAUAAUAUCAGGAAGCGACGGAUCCAGAACCUCAUCUACGACGCGCUCGAGAGACCACGAGGAUGGGCGCUGCUUUACCACGCGUUUGUGUUUCUGAUUGUUUUGGGAUGUCUGAUUCUGUCGAUUUUAACAACAUUCAAAGAGCACGAGAAAGAUUCGGCUCACUGGCUGGUGAUUCUGGAGACAUUUACAAUCUUUAUUUUUGGGGGUGAGUUUGCAUUGAGGAUAUGGGCCGCCGGCUGCUGCUGUCGAUAUAAGGGCUGGAGAGGACGGCUCAAAUUCGCCCGCAAACCACUGUGUGUCCUGGAUAUCUUUGUGCUGAUCGCUUCGGUGCCGGUGGUUGCCGUACGUAACCAGGGAAAUGUGUUGGCCACGUCGCUGCGCAGUCUGCGCUUCCUGCAGAUCCUUCGGAUGCUACGAAUGGACCGCCGUGGAGGCACCUGGAAACUGCUGGGAUCUGCAAUAUACACACACAGCAAGGAGCUGAUCACAGCGUGGUACAUCGGCUUCCUGUCAUUGAUCCUGGCUUCCUUCCUGGUGUACCUGGUUGAGAAGGAUGACGUCACUGCGGAGCUAAUAGACACUGAUGGUGCCUCCCCAACACCAGCCCCACAGGACUUUGACACCUAUGCAGAUGCCCUCUGGUGGGGACUGAUCACCUUGACAACCAUUGGAUAUGGUGACAAGACCCCAAAGACAUGGGCAGGGCGUCUUUUGGCCGGGACCUUCGCUCUUAUUGGUGUGUCGUUCUUUGCUCUUCCAGCCGGUAUUCUUGGUUCUGGACUGGCUCUGAAAGUUCAGGAACAGCACAGGCAGAAACACUUUGAGAAACGCAGACAUCCUGCAGCUUCACUAAUACAGGCUGCAUGGAGAUACUACUCCACCAACCCCGUCAGAGACGAUCUUAUCGCCACAUGGAGAUUCUAUGAGACUGUGAUCUCUUUGCCAUGCUUCAGGAAGGACCCUCUUGAGGUUAUGGCUAGUCAGAAAUUGAGUUUGUUGGAACGCGUGCGGCUGUCGACUCCGAGACCCUCAACGGUAAGGGCCCGUGUGAUGAUGCCUGCUGCGAAUCCUGAAAGUGUGUCGGGGAACUGUGGCCCGGCGGAGGCGAUUGAGGAGAGUCCUUCAAAAGAGGGCAAACCAGCAGGGUUCAGUAACAGAGAAAGAUUCAGAACUGCUUUCAGAAUGAAGGCCUACGCCCUGAGACAGAGCUCAGAAGAUACAGGUGGUCUUCCUGACCCCACCCCUGAGGAGAAGGGCUUCCCACCUGACAUACUGUUGGAGGAGAUGAUUCCAACUCUCAAAUUAGUGAUAAGAGCACUGCGGAUCAUAAUGUUCCUGUUGAGUAAAAAGCGUUUUAAGGAGACUCUGAGACCGUAUGAUGUAAAGGACGUGAUUGAGCAGUAUUCUGCAGGACAUCUGGACAUGCUUACCAGAAUCAAAUAUCUACAGACACGAAUAGAUCUGAUUCUGACACCUGGACCGCCUCUUACUCCAAAACACAAGAAACCCCUGAAAGCACCAUUCCCGUACCCCUCUCAGCAGUCACCUAGACAUGAGUCAUAUCUUGCCAAAGCAAGCCUGCCAGAUCCUGAAGACCAAAGCAUGAUGGGAAGAUUUGUGCGAGUUGAGAGACAGGUGGAAGACAUGGAGAAGAAACUGGAUUUUCUGGUGGAUAUGCAUAUGCAACAUGACUUCACGGGCCCCGGCCACAUGACCAUGGAGCGCUGCGACCCCACGUUGACCGUCAGCGUCGCAGGCGACCGCGUGUACUGCAGCUACGGCCCGCCGCUGCACAAUACACCAUAUUACACGCACUCCAACACGCACCCACCGAGACCAACCGUCCUGCCCAUCAGCCCACUGCCAAGCCACUCCCCGUCCUCCAACGUCAGCCAAUCGGGAGGCCACAGGGUGGGCACGCCGCUGUCGCUGUUGUCGGUCACCCACGAGGAGCUGGAACGUUCGCCCAGCGGAUUCAGCAUCUCCGCAGAGAGAGAGGAGGUCACGGGCAAGGCCUCGGGGUUAACGACGGGGUCGAGCUGGGGCCGCGACCGCCGAUAUUUAGCGGAGGGCGAGACGGAUACGGACACUGAUCCCUUUACCCCCAGCGGACCUGUUCCACUCUCGUCCACUGGAGACGGGUUCCACUCCGAUGGAGCGUGGGGAACACCACCCUAAAGACACACACACACACUCUUUAUAAAGACUACAGACUUUGUACAGCACAAAACAACACAUAAUACUCGUCAUAUCUAAAUAUGUAUCCACUUCACGCUUUACCCCUGCAAAGUAGGGCUGCACGAUAUAUUGAAAUAAAAUCGAUAUCGCAAUAUGGCUUAGUGUGAUUGUCAAAUCACACACACUGCGAUUUAAUUAAACAAAUAAAUGUGCUACCGGCUCUGGAGUGGCACCGCUCAUCCACACGCGUGCAGCCCAUGAUACAGUGCUUCAAGGGACCACGAGCUGCCUGUGUGCAAAUUGCAGAGAUCCACUCUGAAACUGGUAGUGCAUCUGUUUGCCAGCAGCCCAUCAAAAAUAAAAACUUGAUGGUUUACAUUAAAAAAUAAAGAAAUCAAGACAUAAAUAUUAGUAUUGUAAUUUUACAGUGACAAAAAAAAAAGUCGCCAUAAUAUCAAAAUUGUGGAAUAUUGGAAGUAUUUAUUGUAAGUUAUUUAUCUGUGCACAUCAUCAUUUUUCAUGUGACUCAUAAUCUUUAGUCAAAAUAAGUUCCCCUCCCUUUUGCAGCGACAUCUCUUCUCUGAUGAUGUGUUUACUGGCCUGAGGGUGGGACAACCUGUCACUCACAUGACAUCACAGCAAUAGCAAACCACAACCAUCCAAUUAAUUCCCGAUGGACAAAAUCAAGUCCCGCCCUACAUUUAUUCUUGUUUGAGAAGCUGUUUCACUGGGAUAUACAUCACGAUAGGGAAGAAAAGUCUAUCGCAUUUUCCGUUGUAUGCCGACUUUAAUUUUACAGUUACAAAAAAAAUAUUUUUAUUAAAUAGUCGAUUUCUUCUUUUACAGUACAGUUACAAUUUUAAAAUAGAUUUCUUUUUUGUUUAAUAUAUUAAUCACAACAAAAAUCACUAUUAUUAUUAUUUUAUACUGAAUUAUACUGGUCAAAACAGUGGGAUAUUUUUUUUAACCUCACUUACUGAAAGUGGUUUGUGUUAGUUCUUGUAUAGAGUAAACCAAAGUGUGAACACCCAAAGUUUAAAAAAUGGAUGGUUCGCAAAAAGAAAAGAAAAAGUCAAAGUAAAAACAAAAAAAUCUUCAGGAGUAAAAAAUCAUUUUCCAGCUUUUUAAACCUUUAUUUUGCACUCCGAAACAAAAUCACCCCACUUAUUCUAGAAUUAUUAAUUAUUUCCAAAUAUGGGUGUUAAAGUCAUUUGGUGAACAGCAUAUAGCAGAAGAAGUACAUUUUGCAAUGUCAGUUUUUUUUUUCCAAUAUCGUGCAGCCCUACUGCAAAGCAAAGAGCACUGCAUGGAAUGCAUGCGUUUUAUCUCUAGUGGUAGACACUGCACUUGGCAGAUUGAGACUGUGUGGUUGUAUUUGACUGGGAACUUUAAGGGAGGAGAACACAACAGAUGCUAUGCCAUUUUUGUAAACAUUUAUUUUUCUAUUUACACAUCUUUUCAUAUGCAUGGACUGCAUGAUUCAUCCACGGAGCAGCUAAAUGUAUCGACGUCUCCUCCGGUUUGCACUUGCUUUCAUUUUGAAUACUUCGGUUUGAGGAGAGAUCACGCAAGCUUCUUUCUCUGCACAUCUUGAGCUUGUUUUUAGUUCUCUUUGCAGAUUGUACAAACCUUUUUACUCUGGUCAGCAUGAACUGCACUCUGGGAUAUUGCAUAUUUUCUGCAGAAUGAACGUCGCCACUAGCUGUUUAAGGACCAAAAGCAGAGCCUCAGUUAGGAAUUCCUCAAGUGUCUGGCCUUAAUCCAACCAAUGAGCACAUCCCAUCUGUGAGCGGCACAUAAAACUGCCAGCUCAAAGAAUUUUCAGCACUGUACCACAGGACCAAUGUUCCCAUGGUAACCACGGCUUUCUUACGGUAAACCUACAUCCAUUACACAAAUCAUUCCAGGGAAAGGCAGGGCUUAUAGACACUCAGUUGACUGUGGGAACUUAGCAAACUUUACCCUUAGACAGCAGAAUUAUUUUUUAACACUGAUCAGCUUAUCUAUCAAAUUACAGUAAUUAAAGGUAGGGUAGGCAAUUUUUUUCAUAAACAACUUUUUGUUAUUCUUCAAAUCCUGAUAGUAAUCAAUAAUAGAAGUGAUCUACAUAUUUAAAAAAAUGUACAAAUAUCAUCUGUGGAAGUCUCAAAGGACCAAAAAAUUUGUAAAAAUUUGAGCUGUAGACAGACAGUCGCUGAGCGCCACAAACAAACAGCAGCCGCCCUUUACAGUUCCUCCUGAACCAAAAAAAAAAGCUUAUGCUGCUUUCAUGCCAUGUCAUAACUGUAAUUUAGAGACGGCAACCCGUGACAUUUUACUCUGAGCGGAUUUAUGUGUUUCUAUGGCGACACUAUUAAUGCCUUUUACGUUCAUUAUUAUUGUAAUGUUAUGCGCUUUGAGACAGGUAAUUUAACACCGUCUCUUAGGACACUUGCUGAAUCUGCUCUGGCUAUGUGCGACCUGUGCGUUCAUGUGUUUUGGAUGAGGCGUGGCUUUGGAGUUGCUCUGAAGGGAGGGUGGGAUCUAAUGUUUUCAAAGCUAGCUUGCUAUUGCUAGCCACUCUGAAAUUGCCUACCGUACCUUUAAUAGUCACACUUACUGAAUGUUUGACUCCAAAACAAAUACUUAGGUCUUCCAAAAUGUUUCACGUUGAACAGAUCCUGCGUAAAUUCACUGUUCAAAUGUUUUUCUUGUAAAAUGAAUAUUUUUUGGUUUUAGUUUUAACUAUAACAACCCUGCCCCAGGUUAUGGGUUAUGCAUAUCUACUUCCCUUUAAUAUCUAAUUAUUUUUAAUUUAUUUAUUGUACAAUUGACAGUGUCUAAAUUUAAUAUCACUCCAGUAUAUCUAGAUUCAGAUCAAUUGAAAGCAGAUUUAUCUGAGGUUCAGGUCAUUUGUCAAGUCCAGUGUGAAUUAAGUGUAGAGUCGAACAGCUGGUUGUGUUGUUCCAGUCAGUGUUGUCAUAAUUUCUGUCUGCAUCGUCUGGAAUAGUUUUAUUCACCAUCUAAUUCACCUGAACAAGUAAUUCUGACUCAAGGGACUUGAUGCUCAGUAAAUCUCCUUGAAUUGCACAAAUGUGAAAUAAUGCAACACAUGCAUUUAGGAUUUGAGAUAUAAUUAGUACAUAAAUAUAAGUAGCAGCUGUAAAUCUGUAACAAUCAAGACUAUGAAUUCAGAGAACAAAAGCCAUAAUAUGGAAAUUAACAAUUACUCUUAAUGUUAUUUUCAUUUAUCCACUGUUUAUGGGAUUUUCUCUUUGUUCUUUGUCUUCUCAAUUCUUUCCUUCUCUGUGUUUUUCUGCCUGCUAAAAGCCUGGGGUUAUGAUGAGGUCAAGGCAGUAAUAUGAGAUUUAGUAUGAUGUUUGAUGCUUAAAGGGAUAGUUCAUCUAAUGAAACUGUGACUUUCUUUCUUCUGUGGAUAAAAAAGAAGAUAUUUUGUCCAAAAGAAGAAUGUUUUUGUCCAUAUAAUGAAACUACGGAGCCCCAUAUACAGUGCCCUCCACUAAUAUUGGCACCCUUGAAAAUUAUGAGCAAAGGUGGCUGUGAAAAUAAAUCUGCAUUGUUUAUCCUUUUGAUCUUUCAUUUAAAAAAAUUCACAAAAUUCAAACCUUUCAUUUAAGUAAAACAAUUGAAAAUGGGGGAAAAGCUCAUUAUGAAAUAAAUGUUUUUCUCUAGUUCACGUUGGCCACAAUUAUUGGCACCCAGUUAUUGCAAUGUCCUUUUCCCAAGAUAACAGCUUUGAGUCUUCACCUAUAAUGCCUGAUGAGUUUGGAGAACACCUGCCAAGAGAUCAGAGACCAUUUCUCCAUACAGAAUCUCUCCAGAUCCUUCAGAUUCCCAGCUCCAUGUCGGUGCUUCUUCUCUUCAGUUCACUCCACUCAUUUUCUUUAGGGUUCAGGUCAGGGGACUGGGACGGCCAUGGCAGGAGUUUCAUUUUGUGCUCAGUUACACAUUUUUGUGUUGAUUUCGAUGUUUGUUUUGGAUCAUUGUCCUGAUGGAAGAUCCAACCACCACGGCCCAUUAUAAGAUUUCUAGCAGAAGCGGUCAGGUUUUGAUUUUUAUCUGUUAGUAUUUGAUAGAAUCAAUGAUUCCAUGUAUCUGAACAAGAUGUCCAGGACCUCUAGCAAAACAAAUAGGCCCACAACAUUAAAGAUCCAGCAGCAUAUUUAACCGUGGGCAUGGGGUACUUUUUAUCCAUGUGUGCACCAAACCCAUCUGGUGGGUUUGCUACCAAAAAGCUCUUUUUUUAGUUUCAUCUGAUCAUAGAAGCCGGUCCCUUUUGAAGUUCCAGUCUUGUCUGACAACUGAAUAUGUUGGAGAUUGUUUCUGGAUGAGAGCAGAGGAUUUUUCUUGAAACCCUCCCAAAGAAAUUUUGGGGAUGUAGGUGCUGUUUGGUAAUUUUUUUAAGGCUUUCUGACCCCAAGACUCAACUAAUUUCUGCAAUUCUCCAGCUGUGAUCCUUGGAGAGUCUUCGGCCACUCAAACUCUCCUCCUCACCACGCAUUAGGAUAAUUUAGACACACGUCCUCUUCCAGGCAGAUUUGUAACAUCUUUAGUUGAUUGGAACUUCUUAAUUACUGCCCUGAUGGUGGAAAUGGGGAUUUUCAAUGCUUUAGCUAUUUUCUUACAGCCACUUUCUGUUUUGUGAAGCUCAACAAUCUUUUGCUGCACAUCAGAACUAUAUUCUUUGUUUUUUCUCAUUGUGAUGAAUGAUUAAGGGAAUUUGGCCUUUGUGUUUACAAAUAUUUAUACUCCUGUGAUUGUCAUGGCUGGACAAUCACAUGCUCCUAGUCACCGUGUGUGCUAAAAAAUUUCAAUAUGACUGGGAAUAUACUUCAGAGAUAUUUUACUCAUAAGAAUUUCUAGGGGUGCCAAUAAUUGUGGCCAACAUGUAUUGGAGAAAAACAUUUAUUUCAUAAUGUGAGUUUCCCCCCGCUUUCAAUUGUUUUACUUCCAUGAAAGGUUAGAAUUUUGUGAAUUUUUUGAAUGAAAGAUCAAAAGGAUAAACAAUACAGAUUUAUUUUAACAGCCGCCUUUGCUCAUAUUUACUAAGGGUGCCAAUAUUUGCGGAGGGCACUGUAUGACAUGAGGGGGAAAAAAAUAUGUAUAUAAUGGCCAUGAAUUAAUGAUUCUUUACCACGACUUCACAACCUCAAUACUUCAGCAUGUUUUACUAAUUUGUUCGCUCAUUUUAAGUAAAUCGUGCACACGAUAUAACUUCUUCCCUUGUUUUACGUGCCUACGUUGUAAUAAUUUGUUCCCUUGUUUUAGGUAAACUGAAACAAGGGAACAAAUUUUUAAGUCGUGGGAACAAAUUCUUAAUUUAAUUAAAAUGAGAGAACAAAUUCUUAAUUCAUGUCCGCAAUAUAUAUUUUUGCCUGCAUGUCAUGUGUGGGGCUCUGUACAAAAAACACAGACAUUUUUCAAAAUAUCUUUUUUUGUGCUCUGCAGAAGAAAGAAAGUACAAAUUUUGAUCGAUAUGAGGGUUGGGUAAAUGAUGACAGAAUUUUCAUAUUUGGGUGAACUAUCCCUUUAACUGUCCUAUAAUCCUGUGAUCAUGUGACUAAAUCAUCUCAGACUAAACACUGGCAUUAAUACUUAAAUUAUGCUGUGUUUACAUCAUGUCGUAAUUACCGUAAUUAGAUGACGUGCUGUGACACACUUCCUGAUUUUGCUGAGUUUGACUGCUGAGUUCUGUUGUCAAAAUAUUUUAUUGAUCCUGGAACAACCUGUCUGAUGAUUUAGUCCUAACCAUAUCCCUACCCCUAAACCUAACACUACCCAUAAGUUAUCCCUAAAAUCAUAGGGAAAUGUUGUUGAAGCACCUAACCCUGGUUGUAAGCCUAAACUUGACAUAAACUGUAAACUUGUCCCUCAAAUCUGAUUGGUUUAAUGGAAUUUUGUUCCAGGAUCAACAAAGAUGCUGAUUCAGGAACAUGUUGUACUUGGCAAAAUCAGGUUCUGCAACCAUGACGUUCUACUCGGAGCUAUUUACGUCCUUGGACUCAGAAUUAUGCGUUUCUAUGGCAGCACAAUUAAUGCCAAAGUGAAUCUGCAGAGGUCAGGUGGUACAAGUAGGAGCUCUCAGAAAUUCAGAGUUUACAAGUUCUACAGGGAUGUGAAUGGUUUUUAGAAGUCAGAAUCACGUAAUUCUCGUGAAUGCACCUAUAAACUCAUAUGUUCGUGAUCUCAAAACUAAACACUGCGAUAUUUUAAACGAGUCACUAAGUACAGGUGUCCACUGUUAACUCAGUCCAAAACUGUUGCCCAUUAGGAUCCUAAACUAAACCUCUCAGUUCACUUAUCAGUCUAAUAAACGGCCCAUUUUUAUCUCUAUUUAUUUUAUCUCAGACUAAAAACUGUCAACUAUUAUGUCAAACCAAAUACAGCUGCCCAUUAUUAUUAUUAUUACCCAACUGCAAUGACUGCUAUCUCUUUGCUUUCUGACUAUUGACUGCUGUCUAUUCUGAUAUACACAGAGACACUGCUGUUUAUUGUUUGUGCCUUGGCCUUUUAGAGCACCAGUCCCUCUCUGCCGCUCAUUACGUUCUCUCCAUCAUGAAUCAAACCUGCCAUCAUUUUGCUUUUUAGGCCAUCCAUAAUCGUUUUGCUCUCUGUGGUAUCAGUAAAGCAUCUGUUCAUUUUACUAGGACCUAUUCGGUUGUGUAUUUUCCUUUUAAAGACCCAACAAAAGAUGUUUUAGUUCUCUCUUCUUUUUGGUUUCAGACGAAAUGAUUUCACACUAGUGGCCUUCUAAGCUCUUAUAUUCAUUCCAGUUUUUGAAUAAUAAUCUUUAUUUACAUUCUGGCCAAGGCCAGUUUUAAUAGUUUAAUUUGAUGAGAUAAUAUGCAAAUGUUAUGAUGAACUUGAUUUUUUAUGUUAAAUCUUCAAAUUGCACCAGUUAGUAAUAAAGAUAUAUUAAAAUAAA